CGUCUUUUUUCACAAAAUCGGCAAAAAUAGCAAAUUUUCCUGUUUAGAAGUUGAGAAUUUUAGUUAGCAGUGUUAAAAAGUGACCGCUACUAAUGCCGGUCGCUUGAUACAUUAGAUAAGUUUUAGUUUUUUCUUUUAUUAUUGUUUUCCACUCGUUUCUGUUGGACGAUGGAAAUAUCAGCUCCAUCACCACCAAAUGAUAUCGAAUUACGGAACAUUAUCGACAAACUAGCCGAUUUCGUCGCUCGCAAUGGACCAGAGUUCGAAUCGAUGACCAAAUCUAAACAGAGAGGCAACCCAAAGUUUGCGUUCCUGUACGGCGGCGAGUACUACAAUUACUAUCAGUACAAAGUGAUUACGAAGCAAGCAAUGAUGAAGCAGCAGCAACAGCAACCACCACAAAACAUGUCUUUGCCUCCGUUAAUGGGACAGCACGGUAUUCCUCCGUUACUGGCGGGUUUUGCACAGCAACCGCCACCACAAGCACAACUAUCCGGUGUCGCUAUGCAGCACCAGCAACAACUCCAUCAUCAACAACAGUCGCAAGCGCAAUUAACUUCCCAACUGGUACCCUCAUCGAAUCCGAACGGAAACGGUUCCACCAACACAAUGCCCCAAAUAUGGUCCAAUCCUCCCCCGGUCAAUGCCGGACCACCUAACACAACGGUACAGAUGGUGCCCAACAAUAUAAAUAGUCAGCUGACGGCACAACUGGAAGCACUUACCAAACAGCAGCACGCUUUAACCGAACAAAUACGCCAAUCGGAAAUGAAUCUCACGGCUCAACAUGGGGUUCUUCUUCAACAGCAGCAAGUGCAGAUAGACGAAGCUCUGAUUCGGGCCCAGGAGGAAAUGCUUAUCAGUCAGUCGAAGGAAUACAAUAUUCCACUGCACGAGUUCGACAGCAAGCUGCAACCAAUAAUCGAUUCCUGCACGAAAGACAGUAUAUCCAAUGGAAAAGGCUGGAUUUUACAGCAUUGUACCGAUUCGGGAAAAUGUCAAAUUAUUUCGCAGUAUCUUUUGAGAAAGGCGUUAAUAGCUGGAGUUUUAUUUACGCAAAAAUUGCACCUGAUAUAUUUAGUAAAUGAUGUUAUACAUCAUUGUAACAAAUCUUGCAGCAUCCGGAAAAACGCCGACGAGCUGAAAAAAUGUCUGGAAAGCGCGGUAAUUCCAAUGUUCUGCAAUGCUCAGAUUACCGCCAACGAUGAACAAAGGGUGAAACUUACCAAACUCCUCUCGCUGUGGGAAUCAAAGGGGAACUUUUUCGAUGCCUGCGUCAUAUCGAAGCUUAAAUCUCCACCUUCGUCGCUGCAGGAGUACCAGACCAGUCUGUUGACACAGCAUGCCAAUGUCGUCGCAGCGAUUACUCAAGCCACUAAAACUACGUUUGAAAAUUACCAACAACAGCAUCAAGCAUUUGUGCAGCAUGCCACGCAACAAUUGACCAUGUUGGAAAAACAAAAACAGCAACACCUUGAACAGCACGCUCGUAAAACAGGUGCCCACGGUGCUCUGGCCGGUGGGCCUCCCCCACUGCUACCGGAACUGAUGGCGGCCGUUGUCGGAGCGAACAGUGGCACAGUGAAUGGUGGUGCAGUUGGUGGUCUCGUUGGUCCAACGCUACCUUCCGUUGGACCACCUGGACAACCACAGCCACCACCCUCGCAAGCUAGUGAUCGUGGAGGACCUCCACCAGGCGGUAAUGGUGGCGGACAAAUUCCCUCGCUGCUCGAUCAAAACAUAAAUUUCGGGCUACUUUCGGCCGCAUUGCAGAAAUUGAAAAAUAUUCAAGACAGCGGCCCUCCUGGGCCUGGUGUCGGAGCAGGGAAUGCGAAUAAUAUAGCCCCACCGCCACCGCCUGGUCGUGACGGGGAUAAUAGUGGGGAUUACACCCAACCACCGCCCAACUUUCCUAUUCCGGAUCUUUCGCGACCUCCCCCAAAUUUCCAGUACGGAGCAGCAAACCUUCCACCACCUGGUGAUGGUAUGAAUAGUAACAAUAAUAGUGGAAUGCCUCCGGAUCAUAGGCACCCUCAGCAUCAUCCCGAUAAUCGAUCGAAUGACGAGCGCGAUGAUAGACAAUUAGCAGCGCCUGGAGGAAUGAUGUUGGACGAUCGUGAUCGGGAAGAACUAGAUCAGGAUCCACCGGAUCACCAAGAAGAUCACGAACAGCAGCAACAAGAAGAAACGGAAGAGGUCGCUCCCCCGACUCCUGUGAAGAUUCCUUACUUUGAGCUACCGGCUGGUUUGAUGGUGCCAUUAAUCCGGCUAGAAGAUUACAGUUAUCAUCCGCUAGAUUCAGACGAAAUUCGCCUGCCUCCACCAACGCCAACCAACGAUCGUUUGGUGAGUGCUGUUGAAGCAUUCUACGCUCCUCCAAGCCACGAACGUCCGCGAGAUGGCGAGGGCUGGGAAAAGUUGGCCCUGUAUGAGUAUUUCAAGGUGAAAAACGCUUCGCGCAAGCAGAAGGAGGAUGAAAUCGAACGAGGUCUGCGUGACCGAUCACGAUCACCUUCGCCGAUCAAUCCAGAAUUGCUAAAGGCAACCAAAAAGCAGAAAAAGCGCACAUAUCGUUCGAAAAGUCGCUCCCGCUCCCGGUCGCAAUCUCCAGCCGACAAUGGUGCAUUGCACGGGGUGCAGCAACAGUCGCUGCAUGGUCCGGGUCGCAAUAAUCAACGGCAUCACCGAAAUCAUAGAUCGCGGAGUAGAUCUCGUUCCAGGUCACGUUCACGGUCGCCUUCUAGACGGUCUCCUUCGUCAGGUCCCCCAUUACCAGUGUCAUCCGGUGCUCGACCGAGCCGUAGUCGAUCGCCUGCUCGUCGAGGCGGUGGUGGUGGUAUUGAGCGAGAUCACCGAGAUCAGCGAGGGGGUGGUGGGCGUGAUGUUAGGCGAUCACCAACUCCGCCCAGCUUUGGUAGUGGUGGGUACAUGAAGGUGGCUAACAGUUUUCUCGAAGAAGGCAGCAAAGCGGGUGGUAGUGGAAUCGGUACGGGAGGAAACCAUCAGUUUCACAAUCCGAUGAAGGGAGUAGGUGGGGGUGGCGGCAGCGGUGGAAUGGGCGGUUCGAGCGGCGCCAUGGGAGGAGAUCGUAUUGGAUUGGGGGCCACGAUAGAACCGAUACGACAGGAACCAUACAAUCCGGCAGAUCCUUACGAAAGUUUUCGUAAAAAUAAAGGUGCAGCUUUCAUCACGCGUAUGAAAGCAAGGGCCGAUGAGCGGAACUAGCGGAAUGGCUAGGAAACGGAAAAAGAAGUCACCAACAACCACCAGUCAAGUCAUGACUUCUUCAGUCUGUGUAAUAUUAAUAUUAUAAAUGUAAGAACAACUAGAGAUUGCAAAUAAAUGUAGACUAACAUUCUGUCCAGAA